UCUGAUUCCGACGAUGAUGCUGACCUCAUGAUUUUCGAGUCACUGAUUCCCAUCCGAGACAUAAAACAAGCUGGCACAAUAAAAGUCACGUUCGAUGGUCUUUUAAAGGAACCGCUCGUACUCCAAGAGGACCUGAAAGAAGGAUGUGGGGGGCAACUUUGGCCAGCAGGCAUGCUGUUAGCGAGAUACAUGCUCCAAGAGCAUAGAACAGAUCUCGUUGACAAGACCAUAGUCGAACUAGGAGCAGGAGGCGGUCUAGUUGGAUUAGCUGUCGCCCAAGGCUGCAACACUAAUAUGCCCAUCUAUAUCACCGAUCAAGUGCCGAUGCUUUCUCUAAUGCAAGCAAAUAUCGCUAUCAAUCGUUUGACGAGCAAGGUGAGCGCAGCUGUGCUGGAUUGGGCCUCACCACCAUCCACAGACCUGCCACAAUACCCCGCUGUCGUGCUUGCUGCAGACUGCGUCUACUUUGAGCCGGCAUUCCCUUUGCUCAUCUCAACACUAGAAAGACUCCUAGGCCCGGAGUCGGUAUGCUAUUUCUCCUUCAAACGCCGUCGACGAGCCGAUGUACGUUGCAUUAAAGCAAUCAAGAAGAAGUUUGCUGUCGUGGAAAUACACCAAUAUCCGGGCUGCCACGAUUACUCAAGAGAGAAUCUAUUUCUUUACCAAAUACAAGCACGCAGUCAA